CGAUAGAUCAUCAACAGUUUGGAGUCAAAACAAAAGAAUCACGAGACCCACGUAACUGUGCCUGCAAUUUCCAACCGACCGAAGAUCUUGUUGGAAAACCCCGACUUGAAGCUCCUUGAAAGUCGUCUCGAUCGAUCGUGUAGAAGGUCGUCUCAGUCGAAACUCUCCCACGCACACACAGCUUGUUCCGUAUUGUGACCCGUUUGCGCCAUGUCGGAGCCUACCGUCGUGCCCUCUUCGAACCCCCUUCCUACCACCGCCAAUGGAUCCUCUACGCCAGUCUUUGGACGAGGAGUCAGUGGACAAGUAGGUGGAGGUGCAGGUGGUGCAGGUGGAACGUUUGGUGUGAAGACGGGGUUGGCCCAGAUGUUGAAAGGAGGUGUCAUCAUGGAUGUCAUGAAUGUUGAACAGGCAAAGAUUGCCGAAGAGGCUGGAGCAGCUGCCGUCAUGGCUCUGGAGAGAAUUCCAGCGAACAUCAGACGAGAUGGAGGUGUGGCGAGAAUGUCCGACCCAGGCAUGAUCAAACAAAUUAUGGAAGCUGUCUCUAUUCCCGUCAUGGCAAAAGUCCGAAUUGGCCACAUGGUCGAAGCUCAGAUUCUGCAGAGUAUAGGCGUGGACUACAUUGACGAAUCUGAAGUGCUCACCCCUGCUGAUGAUCAACACCACAUUGGCAAACACGCUUUCAAGGUCCCUUUUGUUUGUGGAUGCAAGAAUCUUGGAGAAGCGCUCAGACGGAUCUCUGAGGGUGCAGCCAUGAUCCGAACCAAAGGUGAAGCCGGCACCGGUGAUGUUGUCGAAGCAGUCCGACACCAACGAGCCGUCAUGUCCGAUAUCCGACGAGCUGCUUCCAUGUCGGACGAAGAGCUCUACGCAUUUGCCAAGGAACUCAGUGCGCCGUAUCACUUGUUGAAGGAGACGGCGAGGCUGAAGAGAUUGCCGGUGGUUUCGUUCGCCGCUGGAGGUGUCGCUACGCCUGCUGAUGCCGCUUUGAUGAUGCAGCUUGGCUGUGACGGAGUCUUCGUCGGAUCAGGUAUUUUCCUAUCCGGGGAUCCUGCCAAACGAGCUCGUGCUAUCGUUCAGGCCGUGACGCACUACAACAACCCUUCGCUUUUGGCUGAAGUGUCGACGGAUUUGGGAGAGGCGAUGGUCGGAAUCAGCGUCUCGACUGAAGGUGAAAGAAUGCAAGGAGGUCGCAUGGCCGGUCGUGGAAAUUAGAACGAGACUUUGUCUUGUCAUUUUUGAUUUGAUUUGAUGCAUUGAUAAGGGCUGAGCCGAGAUUUGGGACGCAUAU